AUGUCCGAGGGAUCUUACCAACGUCUCUGGGACUCCUCCCACGUGACCCUGCAAGAGCUUCUGGACAAAGAGCAGCCCCUGCUCGAACCCGUGCCCGACCGGGAGCGUGAGUCCUUCCAAUACAAGCUCUCGUCGCUCUAUCUGCUCUACUUGGGGCUGCUACGCCGCCUCGACACGGUCUACGACCAGAUGGUGCAGCCGCAGAAGCGGCGGCUGUUGCGGCGCCUCCUGGACGGCGUGGCGGGCCGCGUGCUGGAGCUCAAGGACGAACUGGUGCGCGCCGACCUGUCCGAGUACCACUGCCUGGACAAAGCGCUGCAGGAUCUCAAGCUCACGCCGGCAGACCUGGAGGUUCCAAUUCCCAGAUACUUCCUGCUGGAGCAGUCCAUCGUCCUGAAAGAACGAGAGCUGCUGCUGAUGGAAAUCCUGGCAAGAAUAGAGCCAAUGUACACUGAGGAGAGAUUUCCAGAACUGCACCGGACCGAGGCCAUAAUCUUAGUGCAACGGGCCGAGCGGGCCAGGCAAGGCCGGCUCAGAGCCAGGUUCAUGCAACAGAUUCGGAAAGAGGAAGAGAGGGAUCGGAAGAUUCGGGAGGAGGGGUGGCACACAUUCAGCCAGAAUCAAGCAGCUACCAACAUCCAGAAGGUGUGGAAAGGCUACCUGCAGAGGAAGCGCACUCAGCAGGAACGGCAGGUGGAGAUGGAGUUCAUCGGCAUGCUCCCCUCGCCCACCAUGCUGCAGGGCUCAGGCGUCAUAUCCCAGGCCUGUCUCACUGAGGAUGUCCGGAGGCUCAACCAGAUGGAGAAGGAGGAAGAGUUCCAGAUGGCUCUUUCUCGGGCUCACGUGUCUCUCAUGGAGACCGAGGGGCCUGACAUAAAGGAGAAGAUGAAGGAGCAAAUUCGACAGUGGUUCAUCGAGUGCCACUCCCUUACUGGCCGGUUCCCUGAUUAUCCAGAUGAGGCUGCAGGUGGCUCCUACCUGAUCUUUGCAGACAAGACUCCAGAACAGGUGAGAAUGGAACUGGAGCUGCAAGCCCAGAAGAGCAAAAAGAAGGAACAAGAAAAAAAUAAGGAGACAGAAAACAAGAUAAAAGAGGUGGAGGAGAAGAAGAAGAAGAAGAAAGAAAAGGAAGACAAGACCAAGAAGGGGGAAGUGGAUACAAUGCUGAAAUUAAUGCCAUCCAAAUUUAUACCUGUGAUUAAUGCUGGACACGAGGAGUACAUAAAGACGUGGAGGAACCAACAGGGGAGCACACACACCAGUCAGAAUUUUGACCUUGAGACCCUCCUGGAGGAAAAGAGGAAGCAAGUGGAAGUGCAUAUCCGGAUACAGGUGGAUGAGCUGAUGCGUCAAGAGCUGAAGAACCUGCGUCUGGCCGUGGACAGGGAGGAGGGGAGACCCCUGAAAGCUCCCAAGAAAAAAUCUGGGAAGAAAAUGGGGAAGAAGAAGAAGGAGAAAGAUCUGACCCUAAACAGGACAUUGGACUCUCUGUUCGAAGAGCUUGUCGUUCAUGGCCUUCUAAAGAAGAAUGAGACGGUGGCACUGAAAGACUAUGUUGGUGAUUGCCUCUAUCUUGGAUCUGUUCUGAAUUUGGCAAACAAGCUGCCCAUGCCCUCCCUGUUUGACAUACGACAGAAUGUGGCCUUGUACGGGGUGCUUCGGCUCGGCUCCCCAGCUAUACACUCCAUGGCUCCCCUCAUCCGCUCCAUUCUCCUAGUGGGCCCCUCUGGCAUGGGGAAGAAGAUGCUGGUCAAGGCUGUGUGCACAGAAACCGGUGCCAAUCUGUUUGACCUGUCACCUAGCAACUUGCAGGGCAAAUAUCCUGGCAAGACUGGGGUGCAGAUGAUGGUGCAUAUUGUCUUUAAGGUGGCUCGACUCCUACAGCCCUCUGUGAUCUGGAUUGGGAAUGCGGAAAAGAAUUUCUAUAAGAAGGUCCCAAAAGAGGAGAGAGAGAUGGACCCAAAGCGAAUCAAGAAGGAUCUCACCAAGGCCCUGCAACUGCUGGGUCCCGGGGACCGUGUGAUGCUGAUCGGAACAACAGCACGGCCACAGCUGGCCGAGUUGAAGGGGCUGUGCCAGACCUACGAGCGCAUCCUCCUUAUUCCCAGGCCGGAUUAUGCUUCCCGCUAUGUGCUCUGGAAGCAUAUGAUAGAGACCCAGGGAGUCCAGGUGACCAAGAGCCUGGACAUUAGUGCCCUGGCCAAGGUGUCUGACGGCUACACGCCUGGUCACAUUCUGCAAGCCACCCAAUCGGUGCUGACUGAGCAGCGGCUCCUGCAACUGUCCAGGCGGCCCCUGGUGGCCUCAGAGUUCCUGGGGCACUUGGCAAAGCUGGAGCCAGUGUACAAAGAGGAGGAGGAGUCCCUGAAGGAGUGGUACUUCAAGACCCCGCUGGGCAAGAAGAGAAUGAAACUUAACAAGGACCAAUUCGAGGCUGAGGAGGCCAGGCAGGCAAAGGACAAGAAGAGAAGGAAGUGAUGGCUGAGGCCAGAG